AUGACGUAUUAUGAUUACUAUGAUGGCAGUAGGAUAUUCUCAUUCAUAUCAACCAGAGUUGGGCUUCCCUUAGACUUAGUAAAUUUUUUGAUCGCACAAGUAGCUGCACUAUGCCUGGCAAGACUGUUUCGAAAACCAUUAAGAUAUGCUUCGCCGGAAUUUCGACAUUCUGUGUGCCUUGUUAUAGGUUUAACGAUGGGGUAUUUCUGUUUUGGAAGACAAGCGAUCCAUUUAUCGGUGCUACCCAUGUUAACCUACACAAUGUUAAAGAGCGUUUCACACAAUAUUAUGGGAAACGUUAUAUUGGCGGUUUCAAUGAUAUACCUUUCAUGUCUUCAUUUACAUCGACAAAUAUACCACACGGCUGACUAUUCUUUAGAUAUAACAGGUCCGUUAAUGGUAAUCACUCAAAGAGUUACGUCAUUAGCUUACUCACUGCAAGACAGUUUAACUGUAAAAGAAAGACCAACAUCAGCAAACUCAUCAGAAGCGAAUGGAAGACUAGUGAAAAUAGAGAAGAUUCCGUCACCGCUUGAAUACUUCGCUUAUACAUUAGCCUUCCAAACAUUAAUGUGUGGACCAGUAGUGUUUUACUCUGACUAUAUUAAAUUUAUUGAAGGUGCGCGCGUCGAUGAGUUCGAAAAAACAAAACAUGCCAGAGAACCAUCGCCGCGUCGUGCUGUAUUUUACAAAGUAUGCGGUUCAGUGGCCGCUGCCUUAUUAUAUUUAACUUUGGCUAAGAAAUAUCCUUUGGCUGUGUUAGAAGAAUUGACGGACCCUUCAUCAGAAGUGUCGCGGUCAUGGUCAGCCCUGUACCUGCUUUGGUACGCGUACUUGUCAACCCUAGUGGUGCGGUGCAAGUAUUACCACGCCUGGUUGCUGUCCGAAGCAAUAUGCAAUAACUGUGGCAUGGGAUUCAAUGGCUACACCACCGAUGGCACGCCUAAAUGGGACAAAAUGUCCAACAUCGAUAUAUUUGGUUUUGAGUUUGCACAAAACUUCCGUGUGGCGAUCGCCAGUUGGAACAAGAAUACUAAUGCGUGGCUCCGUGAUGUGGCAUACGAGCGCGGUGGCGCGGCGUGGCGUACGGCGCGCGUGUACGCACUGUCCGCCGUAUGGCACGGCUUCCAUCCCGGAUAUUAUUUAACGUUUUUCGCUGGCGGACUCUUCACUAUUGCGGCUAGGAAGAUAAGGUAUGUGGCUCGUCCGAUGUUUUUAGACAGUGUCCCCAAGAAACUUUUCUACAAUUUCGUAACAUUCUUCACCACAAGAGUUGCGAUGACAUACGCCACGGUGCCAUUUGUACUCCUUCAUCUCACUCCUAGCCUCGCUUUUUACGGGAAAUUUUAUUACUCCCUUCACUUCAUCGCUUUGGGUGCAAUGCUAAUACCCGAGAAGUCCACACGAUCCAAAGCAACACAAAUCCAAGAGAACAGCUCACGUAAACUUAGUGCAGAAGCAUUGCCGACAUUGGAUUCAGUAGAAUCAUUAAAUGGGAAGCUUAAAAUAACAUAG